UUAUAAAGCGUGUCAGACGUUACUUUUGAGAGGAAGCACCGUUCAGACAGCAAAAGCAUCCGGAAGAAGAAGUGGGUUCUUUGGGUCUAUUUUUUUUUAGAUGUGAGUCAGGUUCAGAAAAGACCCUCUUCACUGUGGGUCAGCCUGUGGGAGAAGAUGAAGAGCCAAAUCACCAAUGCCCUCUCUGACUUCUUCUUUGAGUAUGAGACCCCACGCCAGGUGCUGGUGAGGAACAGGAGGGUGGGAGUGGUGUGCCGGCUGAUCCAGCUCGGGGUUCUGGCUUACAUCAUUGGGUGGGUCUUCAUCUAUGAGAAAGGUUACCAGACCACAGACACAGCGGUCAGCUCCGUCUUCACCAAAAUGAAAGGAGUGGGCUACACCAACGUGAACGGGAGUGAGAGGGUCUGGGAUGUGGCUGACUACAUCUUCCCUCCUCAGGGAGACUCUUCUUUUGUUGUGAUGACAAACUACAUCAUAACUGAAAACCAGACAAUGGGAAAGUGUCCAGAGCUGGAAGGCGCAAACAACUGCAGCUCAAACGCCGACUGUGAUGAAGGGAGAUUCAAACGUACGGGACAUGGACAUAUGACCGGAGUCUGUGUGCAGUCCACCAGGACCUGUGAGGUGCUGGCGUGGUGCCCGGUGGAGGAUGACCGCAAAAUCCCGUAUCCUCCUCAUCUGAUGUCUGCGGAGAACUACACGCUGUUCAUCAAAAACUCUGUGACUUUCCCCACCUUCGGUGUCACAAGGAGUAACCUGGUGGAAGGGAUAGACACUGCCUACAUCAGCAAAUGCUCUUUUCACCCGGAAGAUGAUCCACUCUGUCCAAUAUUCAAAUUGGGAGACAUCGUUCAAAUGUCUGGCUUUAACUUUGAGACGAUAGCACACAAGGGAGGUGCGAUCGGGAUCGUCAUCGACUGGACGUGUAACCUGGAUGUGGAUGUGAAACACUGUAAGCCAGACUACAGAUUUCACGGCCUGUAUGGAAACCCAGAUGAAGUGGACAAAACCAGAGCAUCAGUGGGAUACAAUUUCAGGUAUGCAAAGCAUUACAUGGAGGACAAAAUUCCAAAAAGAACCCUUCUCAAAGUGUUUGGCAUCAGGAUCGAUAUCAUUGUGAAGUCGCUGGCUCGUAAAUUUGAUAUCAUCCCCACGCUGACGGCGAUAGGCUCCGGAGUGGGAAUCUUUGGAGUGGCAACCGUAGUCUGUGAUCUGGUGCUGCUGUAUUUGCUACCAAAAAGGGAAUUUUACAAGAACAUGAAAUUCAAAUACACAGACACGCACCCGAAGGACCCUGACUCAGAGACAGGGAGCACAGAGACUCAGAAGUGAUAUGGGAGCAAUUAAGCCAAAGGCCUCGCUGCUUUUAAAGUUUCAAUGCACAGGAAGAACACAGCAGACCCUUCAAGAAAACAUACAGACUGUGGAUGGCCGGACCCCCCUCAGACCAGAUGGGACGCUCUCAUCUGCUCUGCAUUUCCUCCCAAUCCUUCCUGACAUCUUAAAAUAAGAGCACCCCCGUGCUUCAAAAGCCACCCUGACUGACAGACUCUUGUUAUUGUAUGUUGAUGGACACAGACAACCGCUGUAUUUGUUCUAUUUUUGGGGGGUUUUGCCCAGUUUGCCUUUGCUCAUACUAUGUAUGUACCAUCACCCACUGAAACUGUCCAUCACCCCAGUGUUCCUGUACACGAACCAUACAUUACCUCAGUCAGUGUCUCUGUCAAAGCACAGCACGCACACACACGGCGUGUGUGGAUGUACUUUUAAGAACAAUUCCUCCCAUAUAUGCACAUGUGACCAACCGUUGAACUGAAUAAAAGGUACAGUAACAUUCAUGCUUUUUCUUUUUAUGAAACAC